AUGACAACAACAAAUGGCAAACAUCAUCAGCAACAACAAAUUGUUAAUGGUGGAUUAUUCAUACGAAAAAUAAUGGAGAAUGAUAAGACACAUUUUAUUCAAGUUGAUCGAUCCAUUUCACAGGAGGAAGGAAAUGAUGAACUACAGUUUAGUAGAGAAGGUGGAAUUUAUGAUAUAGAUCAGGAAAUUGCUUCAUUUUGGUCUCGUAUUCGUGCAAAAAUCGAAGCAGUUGAUCCAAAAACAUUACGUGAAGCAAGCCGUCACCAAGAAUUGCAAUUACCCUUGGCGAGAAUAAAAAAAAUCAUGAAGUUAGAUGAUGAUAUGAUUGGCUCAGAAACUCCCAUUUUACUAGCAAAAGCAUCAGAAAUCUUUGUUGAAGAAUUGACGUUAAAUGCUUGGAAACAUACGGAAGAUAAUAAGCGAAAAACACUGCAAAAGUCGGAUAUUUCUCAGGCUAUAGCCAGAAACGAUAUGUUCGAUUUUUUAAUUGACAUCGUUCCACGAGAAGAUUCGAGAUGGCCAUUGCAAUCUAACAGUCAUCAAGAGCAAGCUGAAGAAGUACAAGCAGUUGUUGCAGAUGCUAACAAUGUGAUGUCUACCAAUGGGAAUGUUCAAUAUGUUUUACAGGUUGGAUCCUCAGAUGGAGCGUUAGCAACAGGUUCAGUUGUACAAGCUACUCAAAUUGGACAACCGAUACAGCUACCUGUAGGUACGGGCAACCAACCUAUUCAAUUGAUUGCAUUAAAUUUACCGGAAGGCAACAUACAGCAGUUUCAAGUUCAACUUCCUCCAUCAUCAUAG